UAUUAUACUUGCAGAUUGCGGUAAUACAAAGUAAAAAGUGGCAUUGUGGAAAAGAAGUAAAAGAUAAGAGAAAAUAAGUGAGAGAAAGGAUGACGAGAAACAGAAGAAACGAAUAUAUACGAUUCACGAUGAUUUAAAAGUAUGUCUAGUCACGUAAAUAGAUAAUUUAGUUGCAAUAUAAUUAAGCAGUUAUGUAGUUGUUUUUAAUACCGAUUAUUUUUUAAUAGCAUGUAUUGUGUGAAUUCGUCUAAAUUCAAAAUGUUUUUCAAGUCGGAUCGAUAUGAGAGUUGGCGCAUGCGUUAAUAUUUUAGAGCAUAGGACGCUCCCUUUGAUAUUUACGGAGGGAAGAACUCAAUGUACAGAGGGAACAAGCGAUCGUGGAAAGAAAAUAAAGAUGUUUGAGCUAUAUGGUGUGAAUAAAGAUGGUAUGGUUUAUCGGUCACCACCGCCGAGAAGAAAAGAAGUUGAUAUAUUAGAGGUAAUUAGAUAAAAUAGUCUAAUUCUAAUUUGCUUAGUUAUUUGUUAAGCGUUAUUAUAUUCAUUAGUGAUGGUUUUUCAAUCGAUAUAUUUAAGACUGCUAACUUGUAUAGAAUAAUGUGUAUGUCUUUUCAUCAAAUAUAUAGGUUGGGUCGUUGACCGAAUUUUAUUGACACAAUGGUGUCAAUGGUGGUACUUCGAACGGUGACUAGUUUGAUUGUUCGUUUUUGAUAAGUAAAGUAAUAUUUGCUUGCAACUUACUUUACAGACUUGCUUACAAUUAUCGUCUCCCGAGUUAAUGAGAAAACUGCCAAACGGUGAUGCGGUACACCAUACAAAGGAUUCAGUUUCCACCUCUUUCGAUAAGAAUAAAGAUCUACCAAGGGAAAACACCCGCAUUCGUCGAGAAUGAGAUAAUGACAUAACCGAAAGAUGUGUGCAUGGUAUGAUAUACAGGACGGAACGUGUUAAGAAAAUGGAUAGUGAUGAUUGGUUCCUUUUUCCUUGGAUGCGCUUUGGUCGCAGGCGUUGGAUUACCUUUAGCUUUGGAACUACGAAGCUCGCAUUUAUUGGAAGCUAGACUUCAAGUUGUAAGACGAAUGCUCUCUGAAGUUCCUUUGAUCGAUGGACACAAUGAUUUCGCAUGGAAUCUCCGAAAACAUCGGGGAAACACAAAGUUGAAAGACUUUCCUUUCGACGAGAACUUGUCGCGAAACAUAAGUUGGGGCUCUCAGUGGCAAACCGAUUUGGUGCGGUUACGGCAAGGUAUCGUGGGCGGGCAAUUCUGGUCCGUUUAUGUUCCGUGCGAAGCACAAUUUCUUGACGCGGUGCAACUCACCCUGGAACAGAUAGACGUAGUACGUAGGCUAACUUCGAGAUAUCCAAAGAAAAUAAGAAUGGUAACGAGUAGCAAAGAGCUUGAAAAAGCGCACAAGGAUGACGUGAUUGGGAGUUUGGUAGGAAUCGAAGGUGGUCACAGCAUUGGGACAUCCAUGGCUGUGCUAAGAAGUUUUCAUCAACUGGGAGCUCGCUACAUGACCCUGACACAUAAAUGCAAUACUCCAUGGGCUGAUUCGUGUUCGGUAGAAGAUUCAAAUUCGGAUGCGCGAUUGGAUUUUCACAGCGAUGGAUUAUCGGUAUUCGGCAGAGCGGUAGUAAAAGAAUUGAAUCGAUUAGGAAUGCUUGUAGAUUUGUCUCAUGUUUCGGUAAGGACCAUGAGACAUGCAUUGGCGAUGAGUAAAGCACCAGUGAUAUUUUCUCAUAGCGCGGCCAGAGCUCUCUGUAAUUCGUCCAGUAACGUUCCAGACGACAUACUCCGUAAUUUGUCGGUGAAUGGAGGUCUGGUUAUGGUAAGCUUUGACAGCGCGCAUUUGAGCUGCGGCGAUAAAGCUUCUAUGUACGACGUGAUAGCUCACAUCAAUCAUAUCAGACGAAUAGCUGGCGUUAACCACGUGGGUCUUGGAGCCGGUUACGAUGGUAUAUCGAAUCCGCCGAUUGAACUGCCAGACGUUUCUGGUUAUCCUUUGCUACUGGCUGAAUUGACCAGAGAUAGAAGAUGGUCAGCUUUGGACAUCAAGAAAUUGGUGGGCGGAAAUUUAUUAAGAGUGUUGAAAGAAGUGGAAAAUCAUGCGACAAUCAUGUCCCAUCAAUCUCCAGCGGAAGAAUUGAUUCCUCAGGAGUUGAUAGAGGAUACUGCCUACUGUAGAUAUCAGGACGCCUAGAGACGAUUCGAUAUACAACGUUCCUAUGGCAUCGGUAAUCGUUUAUCUUCGAUCCUUCAGAACGUCGAACCGUGUGCUCCUUAUCAUUUCCUCUCUUUGUACCUGGAUUACUCCGUUUUACAUUUUUUAAUAAAGUAGCCACGGAUCGUACGAA